AUGCCUUUAUUCGCCGACCCAGCUAUCUUCCCAUCAUUCAAUGAACUGCCAUCUUCAUCAACUCCCCCCGCGCCAACUGCAGACUGGUUCCUAUUGGCACAGAUCAAGGAGGACAUGACGAUCACGAAGCCGACGGUGAUCGUCCGGGACCGGACCGGAGUAGAGUUCGCCGUCACCUUUGAAGACGGCGACCAUCGUGGUCUCGGACAAGGCGGCGUGCGCUUCCGGAAGGGUCACACGUUAGUUGUCCCGCGCGCGACACGCACGGACCGUGGUGAGGGGAAAAAAGCUAUCGUCCGCGUGCCGCCGGGGGAAGGAGCUGGUGUUCGAAUCUUACCUGCUGGCUUGGAUCAGGUAUUUGAAAUAGGGGCGAUUUUAGACGGGAUUGAGGGGGCCGGGCGGGGGAAGAGGUGUGCGGCGUGCGGCAAGGAAGAGGCGGAGGGAGAGGGUGAACAUCCGCUAAUGCGAUGUACGGGAUGUGGCGUUGUUGCAUACUGCAGCAAAGCAUGUCAAGUCCAAGGCUGGAGCGAAUUAGGACACAAGGCGAAUUGCAAGGUGAUUCGGUCAAUUAAGGAGAUAUGGUCGUGA